AUGGUGUUUCCGGACUACUAUUUCUUUGCUGAGAGAUGUUUGGUAAACCAUACCAUCGAAAAGAAACGUGUCAAUAACUUGGAUGACUGUGAGCUAAUGUGCUACCUGAACGACGACUGUGUCAGUCUUAAUUUCAAAAAAGAUCCAGAGGAUGAGGAACCACCUCACCUCUGUGAACUAAAUAACGCCACUCAUCUGAAAUACGACAGUGACUUGAUAACUGAUGCCAAUUUUUAUUAUCGUGGGUCGAAGGUGAGUUACAAAUCGAUUUUUCCAAAUCGUCGCUUUUGAAUAAUAUAAUAAAAGUAAUUAAUGUUUAUGCAAAUUUUCGUGUAUUCGAUCAUUCGGUGUUUCGUUUCUUCUUUCAUCUUCAUUUUUCUUCUUCUUUAGAACGCUUGUGACAAGAGUCCCCACUGCGAAAAUAACGCAACUUGCCAGUCUGGAUUUACACUCAAGGGAUAUCGAUGCUUGUGUCCGCCUGGAUUCGAAGGAGAAUAUUGUGAAAAGGGUAUGAGUCUAAGUCGACACUUGAAAUGAACGUAUAUGAGAUUUUUUCUGACUUUCAAUGCUGGUAUGACAACUGUUCUUUAGUUGCUGAAAGUGGCGUGAAUUUAUCUCACUGUAUAAGGUGCUGAAACUUAGAAUCUAAGAAAAAUUUCUUUCUAUAUUCCAUUGAGCGUGUGGAAUGUAUUCUUCGUUCGCUUUUUGUAUAUUUUCGUUUUGUUUUGUUUUGGUUUGUGUGCUUCUUUGUUGUUUUUUGUUGUUGUUUUUUUUUGUAUCUGUUUUUGUUUGUUUUUGCUUUAUUUUUUUAUUUGCCUUGAAUGUUCGACGCCUUUCUACGGCAAAAUAAGAGCAGUUCAUAUGUAUGUCAAAUGCUUAAUAUAGUAACUGCGAGGAGAGCUCAGAAAUAAUAGCUUAAUUGAAAGGUACGACCAGAGAACACUAAAAGUAAGAAGCCUUCAAACAAAUUGAGGUUUUUGCGAAUUGCUGAGUUCCUAUGGCUCUUUGAUAGAAACCAAAAUGCUUUUGUCUUUAGUUGAUAUUUUAUUCAUGUAUUUUUUUCCUCUGUUUCUUUCUAAUUUUACGAUAGAUACUGAUAAAUGCAAAGCAUUCCCUGGCAAAUGCCACAAGAAGGCUACGUGUUAUAUCACAUGCGGAUCAUACGUGUGCACAUGCAAAUCUGGAUCUAUCGUAGAUGGGCAUGAUUGUAAACGUAACCGUCAAUAGUCUCAAAAGCCGUUAGAUUCUCGUUGAAUAGUACAAUCAGAUUUUGCUUGGUUUGUUUUUUGUUGAUGUUUAUUUUGGUAACGUGGCAAGCCAUGUUUUAAUUCUUCAAAAUAGAUAAGACAGCUACUCGACUAAAAGUUAUUAAGUGAUAAUUUUUUUGCAGAGAUAACUCGUUUUCACUAGGUACGACAAUCUCGCGUUCUCCGCAAUCCAGAAAAAGGUUGAAAACAGCCCAUGGCUUGCACUCUUAAACACGGUAAUGGCUUAUACACUGGAAUUUUUGCAUCAUUUUGAAAUCCCAAUUUUUUCAUCUGUGAUUUCAUAGACAUUGACGAGUGUAAAGGAAACCACUCUUGUCACGAGAAUGCAAAGUGCACCAACACCAUUGGAUUACAUGUGUGCGAUUGUCAGCCUGGAUAUACUGGAAAUGGACAAAACUGCACAGGUGAAUUUGAUUCACAUAAGAGGAGUUCAUAUGUUUGUUGA